CUGGCGGAAGGCAGCGUCCGGGCGGAAAAGCUUUCCCCAGGCGUGGGGAGAGAUCCUCGUUUUGUUUUUUGCAGCCCGGAUCCAAAGGCAGACGAAGCUCUACUUUGGUUCCGUCACCCUCCUGCUCUCCCACUACCCGAAUUCGCCCGUUAGCUAGCCCUGCUUUUUCCUCUUGAGCGGGCCAUCCUGCAGGAUCCUUCCAGUGCGUUGCACAGCGCCACAUGUUUUUUUUUUUUUUUUUUUGCACGUGGGAAGCUGCUCCGAGAGUUUCCAUAAUCGACCGGAUUCCCUUCGCGCAUAAACUGGAGUGAGAAAGGGAGAAUUGGGAACGGAGCUGUCGCUGAAAAUGCAGCGCAAGAAAGUGGAUAAUCGUAUUCGGAUCCAAAUAGAGAAUGGAGUGGCUGAGCGACAUAGGACCCUCUUUGUUAUAGUAGGGGACCGUGGCAAAGAUCAGGUGGUCAUACUUCAUCAUAUGUUGUCUAAAGCAGCUGUAAAGGCUAGACCCACUGUGCUGUGGUGUUACAAGAAAGAGCUGGGCUUUAGCAGCCACCGUAAAAAAAGAAUGCGACAGUUGCAGAAGAAAAUUAAAUCUGGAAUGUUAGAUCUAAAGCAAGAUGACCCCUUUGAAUUGUUCAUAGCAGCCACAAACAUUCGGUAUUGUUACUACAAUGAGACGCACAAAAUUCUUGGGAAUACUUUUGGCAUGUGUGUACUCCAGGACUUUGAAGCUUUGACUCCAAAUCUCCUUGCUCGCACAAUUGAAACUGUGGAAGGGGGAGGUAUCAUCGCUAUUCUUCUGAGGACAAUGAAUUCCCUGAAGCAGCUUUAUACAAUGACCAUGGAUGUUCAUUCCCGCUAUAGAACAGAGGCACAUCAGGAUGUGGUUGGCAGAUUUAAUGAAAGGUUCAUCCUCUCUCUGGUCUCUUGUAAAACCUGUGUAGUUGUUGAUGAUCAGCUGAAUAUCCUCCCCAUCUCUAGUCAUGCUGCAAACAUUUCAGCUCUGCCGCCUCGGUCACAGGAAGAGACCCAAAGUCCUCGUGAUGUGGAACUGAAGGAGCUAAAGGAGAGCUUACAGGACACACAACCGGUUGGCACAUUGGUUGAUGUUUGUAAAACGCUGGAUCAGUUCCAAGAUCCUGACUUUGGGAGCCUUUCUGGUGGAAGAAUUGUACGCAUUGCAGUCCAUCCUGAUUAUCAAGCGAUGGGUUAUGGUAGUCGAGCUUUGCGUUUGCUCCAGAUGUAUUAUGAAGGCAAAUUUCCUUGUUUGGAAGAAAAGGUUAUUCAGAAGCCAAGAGAAAUUGCUACUGUGAGCAGUGAGGCUGUCAGCUUACUAGAAGAAGCUGUGAUGCCUCGGAAAGAUUUGCCACCUCUGCUUCUCAAGCUGAGUGAGAGGCAAGCUGAGAAUCUGGACUACCUUGGUGUCUCUUACGGCUUGACGCCAAGGCUUCUCAAAUUUUGGAAACGGGGUGGAUAUGUGCCGGUCUAUUUGAGACAAACUCCAAAUGAUCUGACUGGGGAACACUCAUGCAUUAUGCUGAAGAUGCUGAAUGAAGAAGAAGAGAACACAGAGGAGAGCUGGCUCACUGCUUUUUGGAAAGAUUUCAGGAGGAGAUUCUUGUCUCUCUUGUCUUACCAGUUCAGCAUUUUCUCCCCAUCAUUAGCUUUGAAUAUAUUACAAAACAGGAAUGUCAAACAACAAUCACAAUCUGCUCUCAGCCGUAAUGAACUAGAAGCAGUCUUCAUCCCUUAUGACCUGAAGAGGCUAGAGAUGUACUCAAGAAACAUGGUGGACUAUCACUUGAUCAUGGACAUGAUCCCAACUAUUUCUAGAAUGUACUUUCUCAACAACUUUGGAGAUAUGUCUCUUUCUGCUACUCAGGCUGCUCUUCUUCUUGGAAUUGGUCUCCAGCACAAAUCCAUGGACCAGUUGGAGAAAGAGAUAGGGCUGCCUAGUAGCCAGUUAAUGGGCCUCUUCAAUAGGACUAUCCGCAAAGUUGUUCAGUUGUUCAACAGUGUCCAGGAGAAGGCUGUAGAAGAGCAAAUGGCAGUAAUGAAAGAAGUUGUAAUGGAACCAACCCUGAAAUCUUUAAAUGAAGAUUUGGAAGAAGCAGCCAAAGAAUUUCAAGAAAAACAUAAGAAUGAGAUUGGGAAGCUAAAAGACCUGGAUCUUUCACAGUACAUUAUCCGAGGGGAUGAUGAAGAAUGGAAUGAAGUGCUGAGUAAAGCAGGACAGGAUGCAUCUGUGGUCAGCCUGAAGAGUGAUAAGAAGAGAAAAGCAGAAGUCACCACAGGACCAAGACAGGAGAAGAAAUUUAAGAAAAAAAACCCAAAGCUGAAGUUGAAGAAAUGAUUAGAAGGAGGGAAAGCCUCCAUCAUAUGGACUUGGACUUUCUGUUUUGUGAAACCCUGAUACCGUUUGCCAAACAAAUGAGUUGAAACUAUGAGGAAACUUUACCUCAGGAGUGGAAAAGCCUCAAGGAGUUUUUAUUAUUGUUGUUGCUUAAUAUGAAAGCAGCCUUCAAGCAACACCAUUUGGAAGAUAUUUUUAUUGCUGCCAGCUCAGCAUUUGUGUUCCAUUAAAAGAGACUGCAGAACAGCAAACUGGAUUAUUACCAGGAAUUAUGACUUCAAUGUUGCCUUAUAAAAUCUGGUGGUUUUUCUCUCUCUCCCUCUCCCUCCCUCUCUCUUUCUCUCUCUCCCUCUCUCUCUCUUGGCACAUGUGUGCCUAUGCAGUUCUUCCCUUUGAGUUCAUAUUGGAGAUUUGAAGAAAAGCUGGCAUUCAAUGUUAAGCUGUUUAAAAAAAAAUCCUGAUAUUUUAAAAUACGGUGGGAUUAAAAAGCAUUCCAUGUUACACUGCUGAAAGUACUUGAGAUGCUUGUCAUUCAUUGUUGUUUAUUGAUGAUAAAGUUACUGGUCUGAGAGUUUUUCCCUACUGUUUUAAUGCUUGAAGUCAGUUCUUUUACUCCACCAGUGGUUAUGAUGUGGGCAGGUGAAUGGGGACUUGCCGGUUAAAUUGACUCUGUGAUUACAUCAGGGCUCAGAUCUUCCACCGCAAGAGAACAAGUAGGAUUAGGUGAUUGCCUGAGACUUGACUUUUCACGCAUUGCAUGUUGCAGAGAGAAGGGUAUAAACCCAAGUGCUGCUUCAGAACGUUGU